CAGAACCAGAUCAGGAGGGAAACUUCUAGAAGCUCCCCCUUUCAGCCUGCCCGUUGGCUUCCUGUCUUUCUGUGAGGAGGACCAGUGUGAAGCAUGCAGCAGGACGGAAUCAGCAGUGUGAAUCAGCUGGGGGGACUCUUUGUGAAUGGCCGGCCUCUUCCUCUGGACACUCGGCAGCAGAUUGUGCAUCUAGCAAUGAGUGGGAUGCGACCCUGUGACAUCUCACGGAGCCUUAAGGUAUCUAAUGGCUGCGUGAGCAAGAUCUUAGGACGUUACUACCGCACAGGUGUCUUGGAACCCAAAGGUAUUGGGGGAAGCAAGCCACGUCUGGCCACACCAGCUGUGGUGGCUCGAAUUGCUCAGCUCAAGGAUGAGUGUCCAGCGCUCUUUGCCUGGGAGAUCCAACGCCAGCUUUGUGCUGAAGGGCUUUGCACCCAGGACAAGGCUCCCAGUGUAUCCUCUAUCAACCGAGUCCUUCGGGCACUACAGGAAGACCAGAAGUUGCACUGGACACAACUCAGACUACCAGCUGUUUUGGCUCCAGCUCUUCCUGAUCCCUACAGUAGCUGUGAGGCUCCCCGAGGUCCCCAUCCAGGGAUCAGCCACAGGAAUCGGACUAUCUUCUCCCCAGGCCAAGCUGAGGCCCUGGAGAAAGAGUUCCAGCGUGGGCAGUAUCCAGAUUCAGUGGCCCGUGGGAAGCUGGCUGCUGCCACUUCUCUGCCUGAGGACACAGUGAGGGUCUGGUUUUCCAACAGAAGAGCCAAAUGGCGCAGGCAAGAAAAGCUGAAGUGGGAAACACAGCUGCCAGGUGCUUCUCAGGAUCUGAUGGUACCAAGAGUUCCCCCAGGGAUCACCUCUGCUCAGCCGUCCCCUGGCAGUGUGCCCUCAGCAGCCCUGCCUGUGCUGGAACCAUUGAGUCCUUCCUUCUGUCAGCUGUGCUGGGGGACAGCACCAGACAGGUGUGCCAGCGACACCCCACCCCAAGCUUGUCUCCAGUCCUGCUGGGACUGCCACUGCCUCCUCCCUGUGGCUUCUUCUUCAUGUAUGGAAUUUGCCUGGCCCUGCCUCACCAGCCCUCCUGUAUAUCAUCUGAUUGGAGGGCCAGGAGAAGCAGCAUCGACCCAUUACUCAUACUGGCUAUAAGAGGACUC